GUUUCUGAUUUCUCUCUUUAAGUCAAAGGUCAUCUCUUCAAAGUGGAACACAGUCGAGUUAAGGUCCGGUUUCCUGUAGUUUCACAAUUCGAAGCCAUCACGAAUUACUCUCAUUCAAGCAAGAGACUUGUUUUAAACAAAUUACGAGAUUUGGCGAAAUCAAAAUCGGUUCAGCCAAAUGUCAUUUAAUUUGUGAAAUAACGCUUUUCGCCUUUUACUAGAUUGUUAAAUUCUUUAAAGACCUAAGAGAGAGAAAGUAAUUCCUUUCAAAUAUCAAAGACCUGGACAACAUCGUGUGCUGGUGUCAUCGAGAAGCUGGUUGCAUGCAGCAAUGAUGUGUGAGCGAAGUGUGGGGCCCUGCAGCUCUGCCGUCUUCUCUGUUGUGCUUCUCAUGCUCUGGGUAACCAUGGUUACAGGUCAAAUUCUACGAAAUGAAGUUCCCUGUUUGUCUGAAGGAGGAGUUUGCGCCGAAGGUUCAUCCUGUCCAGAAAUUAAAAGAUAUAAUAAAACUGGAUUAUGUCCUGAACAAGAGCCAGAAGGAGGAGUUUGUUGCAGUGAAAUACCAAGAGGUGUAACUGAAUGUCGAGAACAUGGGGGUCGUUGUGGACAAGCAGAAGAGUGUCGCAAUGUACAACAUUUUGGUCAACUCGAUUGUCAAGAAGGCAGCCAUUGUUGUCUUUUAAUAUAUUGAUUACAAAUCUGUAAAAAUUACAUCUGCAUACAGACUGAAUAUACAUAUAUCAUAUUUGUAUUAUAAAAUCUAAUAAUAAUAAAACUUUUACAAAAUUGC